GCAGGGCAGCGGAUGCUCGUGCAGUGGGAGCGUGGCAAGUCCCCCCAAGAGCGUGCGCUCAUCGCUCCCGCCACCGCCGAGGAGUUCCAGACAGUGAUGGGCAGGACAGUUCCAGCGACGGUGGGAGUGGAGUGUCAAUGGUGGGCGGCCACGCCCGACGGAGAUACGUAUCCACACAUGCUGCACGCCAAAGGAGUGUACAGCGCGAUGGAGCUCGAUCGGAGGGGCCGUGGACGCCCCGCUUCGACGAUUGGACGCCAGCUUGACACAGAGGCCGAGCCGUACAACGCGGAGUGGAAUCCGUCCCCCGCGUUCUCCCUCGAGUGCUUGGAGUCCGUGACAGGGAUGAGCUUCGACGUGAUGCUUCGGACGGCCCUCGCGCACUCCGACGCCCAGGAGGAGCCCGAGGCAGAGGGGCCAGGGCCGCCAGCCCAGGCUCCAGCGUCGAAGAAACCCGACCAGACGGAGAAGUCAUGUCACCACAGGCUUUCGAAGAGCGCAGGCGAGUACCUCGGGAUGAUCACGGAUUUGAGUGUUAUGCUGUCUUUCGCGAUCUCGGGCAUCGGUCUUGCCUUGUACCACGGCUAUGCGGUAAUCUACUUCACCACCCAGGCGCCCAAGGACGCGUCGCUGGACGCCAGGGUGUUGGGAAUCUGCGACACGUCAGAGGAGGGCAGGCGCCUAAGCUGGAGGGACGCGGUCAGCGAGUUCUCCGAGACGGAGUGGCCGAAGUUCCCCAUCUCAGGCUUGGUCAUGGCCUCGCCGUCCGAAGUUGAAGACGGAGGCCACCAUCCUGAUGGGCGGCGGAAGAUGAGGGAGGGGCGCUCCGAGCAUCAGGCUUCGGCAAGCAGCCACGAGUGCAAGGGCGGCCAGGCGGCUCUGCAAAGCUCGGUCGACAAGCAGCGCUCGGAUAUUACGAAGUUGAAGGCUCAGAUCGCCACCCCGGGCAAGGCCGGCUCGAAGUGCGACGAGCCUGGUUCGACGCCCUCACGGCUCCGAGACGCGGCCGCGGACGACGGGCUGCGCAGAAUGCUUUUUAUCAACUCUUGGAUGUCGGCGCGCCUGGCGGCGGUCACCUGGCUGGGCGGCAGGGAGGGCAGCCCCGACUUCAACUCCCUUUCUCUUUCUCAGCGUGUGGGUGUUCUGGACUUGCGGAGCCGCCUGGCUUCACUUGGCCCGUCGCGCGCCAGCUCGGCGGCAGCUCUUAGUGAGUUGCGCCGCGCUGCCCCAGGCUACCUCGAGGAGCCUGCGCAGCCAGCCGCGUUCGCCGUUGACUCGGUCGCCCUUCCACUGGACGACGUCAAGUGCAAGCCUAGCGAGCACCUGGUUGGUCAGGCGAGCGACAUGUGGCGCCUCUUCAAGGCUGGGAUGAUCACCUUCGAAGAGGACACCGCCUGUGCCGUCGCACCAUUCUUCGUCGCAAAGGCCGGUGGGAGACGCCGCCUGGUCUUGGAUACGAGGGAGGUCAGCUCUUACUUCCACGAUCCUGCCAUGGUGGAGUUGCCGACUGCUGGGGCGUGGGGCGGGCUUCGCACCCGCGAAGGCGAUGAGUUGGUUGUCGAGCAAGUGGAUAUCGAGGCCGCCUUCUACCGCGUGGAGGCGCCAGUGGGGUUGUCCGAGCUCAUGGCGUUGCCGGUGAUCAGCGGGAAGCGGACCGCCCCCCGCCUUGUCAUGCUGCCAAUGGGGUGGAACUGGUCCCUCUACUUCUGCCAGCACGUCGUCCUGGCGCAUGUCUUGAAGGCGGGGUUCCGCGAGAAGGACAUGAUCAGUGACAGGCACGCGGUAAAGAACAUUGCCCUCAGCCCCUCGGUCGCUACCGACGUGGGCGGCGCGGCUGCGGUGGGCGUGAAUCGGCGGCAGGCGCAGGGCGGCAUUGCAGCUGUCGAGCGCGAGCUGGAGGCUGGCGGUUUGCGCUGCAAGGGCAUCGCCACCGCCGCGGACGAGCAGCCCCUCGCAGGCCUGGUCUUCCAGCAAGCCACGGGCGAGGCGCGCCUGCCCCCCGGCCGCCCGUGGAAGAUUCGUUUCGCACUAUUGGAGCCGGCGUCUCGGAAGUAUGUAUCUGGGCGCGCGGUGUUCCAGCUCGUCGGCCACUGCAACUGGGCUGCUCUCUUGAGGAGGCCCCUCCUCUCCUUCUUCAGCGCGACCUAUCGGCGUUCGCGCAAGGCGGGGGACAACGCGCGGCGGCCGUGGCCCGACGUGGCCCCCGAGCUGCGGGCUGCGGGCGCGCUGCCGGGGCUGGCCCACCUCGACGCGAGGCGGUCCGAGUGCUGGCGCCACCUCGGGGCAGGUGCCGCCGCGGCUCGCGAGCAUGCCUACUCGAGCCAGCUCGCGGCAGGCCUCGAGCAGGUCAACCGCGACCAGGACGAGUGCGGUGCUGGGAAGGUGGUUGCCUGCGCGGGCGAGAGCGCCCCCGGCGGCCUGACCACUGACCGCGAGACGCAGAGCGACUUCGUGGGCCUCGACACCAUCCUAGUCUUUCCGCUGGACGCCUGGACCUCCGCGCUCUUCGGGCGCUGGGCUCGGUCUGAGAAUUUCCUGAG